UUUCGUUCAAAAAAGGGCAGCACGUGGGCGUUACACUGAUGUCAACAUUUCAAUUGUUGGAGUAGACACUUGUAUGGAUGAAAUGAGAAAGGAUUUACUGCAGAUAUUAAACUGGUUCAAGACAGUGUCUCCAUGUUUUGGGGUUUGUGGAAGAAAUGUUAGAAUAUUGGAUACGCCCACCGAGUACUUUGAAGCAUUGAAAGCCAAUGCGAGAAAGGCAGAGAAAAGGAUAGUGAUAUCAGCCCUGUAUCUAGGUACUGGUGCUCUUGAAAAAGAACUGAUUGACUGCUUACAUAAUGUAUCGAGACAGAAGAGCUCACAAGGAUUGAAAGUCCAUGUCCUUCUAGACUAUACCAGAGGUACAAGAGGAGAAAGCAAUUCUAGGAGUUUACUUCUUCCAUUAUUAAAAGACACAGAGACCACUGUGCAAGUGUCACUUUUUCACACUCCAGAACUGAGGGGAAUUUGGAAGAAGCUCAUUCCAGAGAGGGUAAACGAGACCAUUGGUGUGCAGCACAUCAAGAGUUAUAUAUUUGAUGACACUGUGAUAAUAAGUGGGGCAAACCUCAGUGAGUCUUAUUUCACUAACAGACAAGAUCGUUAUGUUGUCAUUGAGAACUCCCCUGAGGUUGCAGAUUUCUUCAACAACUUAGUAUCUGCUGUGUCGUCAUUUUCAUUCCAACUUGCACCAGAUGAUACAGUGGGUUUGAAUAAUGACCUGGAAUUACAUCCAUAUUUAGGAGACCAGGGGUCUUUCAAACAAGAAGCAAGAAAAAGACUGCAAGAAGUGUUAUCCAAAGAUUUUUUUCGCACUGAAAAGCAUGACAACAAAGAAUCAGAAAACCUGCAGAUAAAUACCAGUCAGUCUUCCACAGCAAACUCUGGUGAAAAUGAGAGUGGGGAUAUUAAAGUCAGUGAAAAUAAAUCCAAAGAAUCAAACUCUGUUGAGGGUGAUGUUGACACAUGGGUCUGUCCAUUGGUACAGAUGGGCAUAUUUGGAAUAACUCAUGAUCACGAUGUAACUCAGGGUUUCUGGAAAAAGGCUCUCCCAAACAGUAAAAUUCUCAUGGCUUCCGGUUACUUUAACCUGACGGAUCAUUAUAUGGAUGUUAUUUUGCAAAAUUCAAGGGCAAACUUCAGCAUAUUGAUGGCUUCUGAAGAGGUGAAUGGUUUCUAUGGUGCCAGAGGUUUGGCAGGUAAUAUCCCAGCAGUGUACACUCACAUAGCCAAGGGUUUCUAUGACAGGAUAUGUGCUAUGAAUCUUGAAGAGAGAAUCAAGUUGUUCGAAUUUUACAAACCCCAGUGGACAUACCAUGCCAAAGGAUUGUGGUACUAUCUCCCAGGGAGUAAUUUACCUUCUGUCACAUUUGUUGGAUCCCCCAACUUUGGGCACAGAUCAGUUAAUAGAGACCUAGAGGCACAAAUAGCAGUAAUAACCACUAACAGCCAGCUUAAAGAACAGCUCCAUCAGGAAGCAUCAAACCUGUGGGCUCAUGGCGAGGCAGUUGAUGAGGAAACCUUUCAGCAACCACAUAGACAAGUUCAUUGGUUGCUGCGCUUUUUCACUAGAUAUGUUAGGAGUUACUUUUGAAAAGGGGGACUGUUAUGAGACACUACUUUGACGUCUUCCUCUUGCACUAAAGUACCACUAUUUUAGUUCUGCCUAAAAUGAAUGUUGAUAUAUUCUGACAUGUAUUUCACUUACAAGAGGUGUGUGAUGGCUUGUAUUUGAAUACACUUCAAUACGUUUUUAGUGAGGAUACACCUGGAUAAUUGCACAGUGCCACACUUGUAUAUCACAGACAGUGGACAAUACAUGUUCUAUCUAGUACUUACAUACCAUUCCCACAGAUAUUUGGUUCGAUCUAUCUCCCUGGGGAGUCUCACUUA